CAAGGAUUGUUGUCAGUGCUCUCGAUGAACGUGCAAGUGAUCCGGAAGCAACCACGAAUGUGACGCGUUCCAAUAACGUACAGAAUGCAAACUGCGUGUUUCUAUCGUCAUCUCGUUUGGGCCGUCUGGUGUCUCCUGCAAGUUGCUGCCAAGGACUAUGUUGUACUGACGCACAAUGGUCCAGUUGUAUUGGGUGGUACAAUCACCUUUAGAGCAGAUCUGUACAGAAAUGGUGAGCGACCUAAGGGCGAUAGUUUCAAAUACAUGUGGAGUGACAACUCGUUGAUGCAACAUAGAUAUGAAAUAGGAAGAACGUCUAAUACUACGACAUUCUGGAGUGUAACGUAUCCACGAGAGGGCAACAUUCCUGGAACCUACACAGUAUGGAUAAAAGUCGAGUAUUUGAGUUUUAUCAUCUGGUCAUUUGAUACAAGUGCCGUUGUCCAAUUUGAGAUCACUGAGUAUCUCAAUGGUAAUAUAACCGCCGAGCAAGCUAAUAAAACCGUAGCUGGAGACUACAUUUCGUCUAUUAAUGAAACAAAAUUAAUGGUAGACAUACGUAAAGACGAUUACGAGUUCAUAAUGCAGAAAGCAACGGCGAUAUCGACGUAUUGGUUUAUCGAUUGCAAGUAUUAUGGGCAAACGAAUAAUUUCGCCUUCGUUUAUAAUUUUACGAGUCCCAACGUAACGCAUGAGAUAGGAGCUUUAGUGAUCGCUUCUUAUGAUCCACCGACGACCACAACGGUUUCACCGCCUACAACUACGAUUGCGCCCGUGAACGUGACAACAGUUGCACCAAAUAGCUCUACAGCGAAUUCGAGCGAGGUCCACGUUACACAACCUGUGACAACAACUACAUUGCCAACGACCGUCACAAGUGCAAAGCCGACGAUAAAAUCUACAACAGCAAUAUCUGCAACCAAUGCAAGCAAGACAGAUGUUAACAAUAUGUCUAUGCCUUAUAUUUGCUCAAAUGCUUCUCUCAUUCCACCGGAUCCUAACAAAACCUACGGAUAUUUUUUUAAGAAGAUUCACGUUCGCGCUCCCCUGUCAAACAUCUCGGUAGAAGGUACAAAUUGGAUCCAGCCGUGGGACAUGCUGUCUUUGAACGUAAGCUGCAAGGGAUCGGGGCCGUUCUCCAAAUGUCUUCAAUUCCAUCGUGGCAAAUACAACGUGACGGGGAACGAGACGUGUGACAAUGCGGAACACUUGCGCUCGUGCAAUUUCUCCAUUGUCCAUUAUUUCCUCGAACCCAGCGUUUACACAAUAUUGAUCAUAUUAAACAAUGAAGUCAGUACGCAAAUUUAUCCACUGACAAUUAACAUUUACAAAGUUACAACAAAACCGCAGUUAUCGGUUAUCGUUGUGCCCGUCUCUUGCUCGCUCGUGGCUGUGGUAUUGAUAGUGUUCGGCGUGGCGUAUUACAUUCAGAGCAGAGCAAGAUUCACAGUAGAAGUCGCAGACUUCGAUUUCGGCCAAAGUAACCCGGAUAUGGAGUACAAAACAUUCACCGAACGUUUGCGCGACUCAUUCAAUAAAACUGUAAGGCCUGGUGGCAAACGGAUAAGUGUACGCUAUUAUGGCAGCAUGAAUCACUGAAAAGUGCACGCCGUGUGAGCUAUGGAUAUAAACCACUUAAUACUCCACAAACGCUUCAGUGAUGCAUGAAGAAGCAGUAACUUUCGGAGAAUGAAAACUUCGACGAGAAAUAAACUUGAGCAGAUCAGAUGUGAAAGUUUCAGGAUAAACUCGACGAUAUUCACGGCAGUGAAAAGGUCCGUGAGAUGUUGCGGCUGUUGUAAUAAAGACUAAGCAAUUUCGCUUAAACAUCAGCUGGUCAUAGAAAACAAAGAACAGAAAAAGAAUAAAUCACUGCAAGAUUGUAAAUAGGCAAAAAAAUACGAUGUAUAUAUAGGCUGUGAAUACAGUAUGCAGUAUGUAGAGUCGCUCGUAAUACAAUACGCACACACACAUACACAUACAGGAGAAUUUGAUAUUUUUUUAAGGUUGCAAUGAGAGCUAUCGAUUUAUAGUCCUUUUUAUGAUUUGUCAUGUGUUGCUGAACUAAUAAUUAUUACCUGUCGUAUAUAUUUUACGCUACAUGGGAUAUAGUAAUAGCGAAACAAUAAUUGCAUGCUUUAUUAAUUUACGUGUCGAACGUGUGCAGAAAUUAUCUAUACAAAAAGAUAAGUUUUAUGGAAAAACGGAAUUUAGUCACAUCUACAUUAAGGAAUCCUUUCGUUUGAUUAUAUAUAAUAUAUAAAAUUUAUUAAUAAGUACAGAUUUUUUUCAGACUAGUAUAGAUAAUCUUAAAUCAAACUUAUUUAGAAGUGUACACACUUAUUAAACAAGUUUGUGCAAUACACUAGAUUAUAGAUGUGUCCUUAAAUUUUGGAAACAUAAAUGUCGCAGUAUUGCGACGCCUAAGGAUAUUUAUUUGCCAAUUAUCUUUAAUAAAGAGGUAUGUCUACGCGGAUGUUACGUUAAUUGCUUCCCGCAUUACCAUUCGGGCAGUUAUUACUAUGGAUCAUUCGUCCUGUUACAGUACGUAACACUAAAAAUGUAUAGUGCAAAUGAUUAUAUUAUAAAGUUUUUAGUAAACUAAUUUUGAGUAUAACAUAGAACGUAGUUUAAGACAAUUUUAAUCUAACGUUACAACUAAUAGUGUAAUAUUACAGAAAUUUGAAUUAAAACAUCUUUUUAAUACC